AUGAAUAAAGAAAUAGAUGAAUAUUCUACAGAUCCCUAUAUUAUCUUUUAAAUUGAAUAGGUGUUGUGAGAAAUUUUAGUGUAUACCCUGAUUUAGAAUUAUUUAAGAUUAAAUAUGAAACUUUUUAUAAUUCAUUCAAAGAAAGUUAUGAAAAUGAAAUUAUAUGGUCAAAAAAGUAGCUUGAAAUAAAUAUUUUAGAUGCAAAUAAGAUAAUUUUGAAAUAGUUAUCUAUACAUAUAAAGUUUAGCUGUAUUCAAAAAUGAAUAAUGAUGAUAAUUAAUAAUCAGAAACUUUUUAAAAAGAAUUAGAAGAUAAAUGGAGAAAAAUAGAAGAUUUUAAAAUAAAAGAGAAGGAACUUAAAGAAAGAAUAGUUUAAGAAAAAAUUGAGAUUGAAAGUGUAUAUUAAUUAUAUAAUUAAUUAGUUAAAAAAAUAAUGUGAUAGAGUAGUUGAAGAUAUAGAAGAAUAAAGUUAGAUAUAAUUAAAUGAUAAAAAAAGAUUAAUUGAUGAAAUUAAGAAGAGUAUAUAUAAUAAUAAAAUUUUAGAUUUUUAGAGGACAAUGAAGAAAAAUAAUAUUAUGAUUAAAUUUAAAAGAUUGGUGAUUUAGAAGAUAAAAUUGCUAUAAUUGAUGUUGAUUCAAAAGAAUAAGAAAAAAGAAAGAAGAAAAAAAACUAAAAAUGGCCGAUAUUAAAUAAAAAAUUGAUUUAGCAAAAAAAGAAAUUGAAGAAAAACAAUCUAAAAUACAUGAUAUCAAAAAAUUAAUAGUUUCUACAAAUAAUACUAUAUUAACUAAAAUCAAAGAAAAAGAAAGUUAACAUACAAAAUAAAAGUAAGCUGAAGAUAAAUAUGCUGCUGCUUUAAAAUAUAGAGAAAAUUAAGAGGAAUAAUUAAAGAGUCAUAAAGAAUAAAUAAAAAUUUAAUAAGAAUAAUUAGAGAAAUUACAAAUUGAUAUCUAAAAAGAAAAGAAGGAUGUGAAAAAAACUCAUAAGGAAUAAGAAAUUACUGCUAAAGAAAAAAAUAGAAUUAUAAAAGAAAAAGAAGAAUAACUCAUUUAAAAAUUACAAAAGAUAUUUUAAUUGAAACUGAAAAAUUGA